AUGCAAGAUGGUUCGGUCUAUGGUUGGGGGAAAGGUCGACUCGGCCAACUCGGAGAUGCGCUUUUGAACUGCAAAGUCGGGGCGCCUACCAAGAUCGAAGGGAUACCGUUUAAACCCAAGAAGGUGGUAUGUGGCAAAGAUUUCACAUACUUAGUCAGCGAUCCAGCCGAGGGUGAACACCAGCUACUCGGCAAAGACAAGUUCAACAUCAUCUCGAAUAUGCCCGAACACGUCAAGAACUGGAAAGACAUCGGCGCUACAUGGCACGCCAUCUUCGUGCUCUUCAACGACGGAACGCUUACCGCGUGGGGAAAAGAGAAUAUGUGGAAGCUACUACCACCCGAUCUACCCCUUUUGGACAGCGUUGCCGUUGGGUCGGAUCACAUCCUCGCUGUGACGAAAGAAGGCAAAUUAAUAUCAUGGGGUUGGGGUAAACAUGGGAACUGUGGCGACCUGUCAAAUAUUGGAGUUGAGAUGAAGAACGAUAUGGUCAGCGGGUUCUGGAACGAAAUCAGCAUACCAGGAGAGAUCCAGACGAUUGGGGCUGGGUAUUGUACUAGCUUCGUGGUUACGAAACAAGAUUGA